AGCAGGAGAGAGAGAAGCAGCAGCAACAGGAAGGGAGCAAAAAGUGGCAGACUUUCCAUGUAAACCCAGGAGUAAAGACCUGCAUCUGGAACACGUGUACAUCUGAAUGCAGGCUUUGCAACCUACGUUGUGUCCUAGAAUGUAGGGCUACCCCACUCUCCCCAAACCGUCAUGGCCGACAGGAGCAUGGAGCUCAAGGCGGAGGCUCUUCUGGGGCCGAGAUCUAUAGAUCUGGAAGAGGCCCCAGACCCCCAAGACCUUCCCUCCAUCCAGGAAGAGCCUGGGCCUCAUUGUGCUGACUUCGUAGCCCCUCUGGUGCCUCCCAAUGUGGGAUCUGGGGGGCCUGGAAUGGAUGAGAGGCUGGCGAGGGGGGAUCCCACGGAGACAGCAGAGGGACAGGCAGACAUGGGGCUCCUGGAAGGGCCCAGGGAUGUCAUGGAAGAUGUUGCCAUCACGCUCCAACAGGAGCCUCCCCCGAUGGAUCAGAUCCCAGCCGCGGAAGGAGACUCCAGCCUCCUUGCUCCGUCUGGCACGGACGAGAGCAACCCCUCGAUGGAGUUGAAGGAGGAAGAGGACAGCACCGUUCCCAGGGCGGACCUCAUCCAAGACCUCCUCGAGCGACUCAACCCGCACUUCCGAGACAAUUCGCCACCGUCCUCCUCAGAUGGUGAAGAGGAGUCUGCAUUGGGAAGAGGCGAAGAGCAAAGCCUUCUCCCUGAGAGCCGGGAUCCACCAGGGAAAGGUACCCCUUGUCCGCUGCAUAUUGCCGCCGGAUUAGGAGCUGUCGUCGCCCGCGGGCCACGGAAAAACCGGAGUUUGCUCUCAGCCGACACUGAGCGGGAGGACCUGCUUGGCCUUCUCCACUACGAAGGGGGUAUCCCAGGUGAAGCAGAUGAGCGGACCCCCCUGGCCCACUCAGAGGCGGUUUCGGGGGGCGAAAAGGCAGAGGCGGAAGGGGGACCAUCCUCCAUGCCAGGUCCAAAUGAAGAUGUUCGGCAGGAGGAAGAGGCCACGUCAGAGCCGGCGAGUGAGCGGUUGGAACAGCCAUCCCCUGGCAGCGAGGCACAAGAGAACAAAGGCGAUAUUUCCUCCUUCCCCGCUUACCAAGAAGACGACCUCUCAGCCGCAGCCCCAGGCCCUUGUGACCCCGAAGACCUGCGCGAAGGGGUCCUCUUUGCAGCAAAAUACCUGGGCUCCACACAACUGGUUUCGGAGAGGAGCCCCCCAAGCAGUGUUCGCAUGGCACAAGCCCAGGAGGCCAUGGACCGGGUGAAGGCACCGGAAGGGGAGUCCCAGCCCAUGACGGAAGUGGAUCUCUUUGUCUCGACGCAGAGGAUCAAGGUCCUUACGACCGACUCCCAGGAGGCCAUGAUGGACCACCCUCUGCAGACCAUUUCUUUCAUUGCGGACAUUGGGAACGUGGUUGUACUGAUGGCCCGCCGGAAACUCCCUCGCAGGACAGACUCUUCCCCGGAGAAGCCGCUCUACAAAAUGAUCUGCCACGUCUUUCACUCGGCCGAUGCCCAGCUGGUUGCCCAAGCCAUUGGCCAGGCCUUCAGUGUUGCUUACCAGCUCUUCUUGAGGGCCAGCGGCAUCACUCCCCAGCAGCUGGGCCCCUCCUCUCCGGGUCACAACGAUGAUGAAGAAGACGAUGAAGACGCCGCCGCCAUCCGGGCACAAGGUGAGGAGCUGUACAACGCCGACCUGGCCCACUUCUCCAAGCAAGAGAACUGCGAGAAGGUUGUGAUCCUGAAGCCAAAGGGGGCGAUCCUGGGCCUGGCAGUGGUGGAGUCUGGCUGGGGCUCCUUGCUGCCCACGGUGGUCAUCGCCAAUCUGAUGCACGGAGGACCAGCUGAACGGUCGGGAAAGCUGAGCAUUGGGGACCGCAUCACGGCUGCCAAUGGGACCAGCCUGGUGGGACUGCCCUUGGCCACCUCCCAGAGCAUCCUCCGGGAGCUGAAGAACCAGACGGAGGUGACCCUCAGCGUGGUUCACUGUCCGCCGGUCACCACUGCCAUUGUGCGGAGGCCCGACACCAAGUUCCCCCUGGGCUUCUGUGUGGAGAACGGCAUUAUCUGCAGCCUGAUGCGUGGAGGGAUUGCCGAGCGUGGGGGGAUCCGGGUGGGCCACCACAUCCUGGAGAUCAACGGCCAGAGCGUGGUGGCCAUGCCACACCAAAAGGUCAUCCAGAUCCUUACGCAGGCCGUUCGCGAGGUCCGGAUCAAAACCAUGCCGGCUUCAACCUACCGCCUUCUGACCGGACAGGAGCAACCAGUCUUCCUCUGAGCAAAGAUGGCUGCAAAUGGAAAGCCUGAAAGACUUUUACAAACUAAGCAAAAGGACAGACAAAUCGGUUGCCUUCUCUUUCUUUUGUUGUUGUUGCAUUUUGGAAAAGCACAGUUUUUCAAUUUGGUUGCAUCAGAAUUCAUCAUUGAGUCUGCAAGAAAGAUCUUUCCCCUAUAUAAUGUGGGUUAGCUCCCCUUUUCCCUUUUCCUUGUGUUUUAUUGUGUGAUGGUGUGUGGUUAGGACUGGAUUAAAAAGCAUUUUGUAAAAACUCAAUUUAAAAAGAAGCAAAAAGAGGCAUAA